UUGCGGACAGAAAUGAUUUUUGAGAAACUGGCAACACUACCAAUCACUUGUAAACAAAUCGCGGUCUCGGUUGGAUAAUUUCGAGGAAAUUAGAAAGUUUCUAAAAAAUCUGGUGAAAUUAGUGAAAUAUUCGUGGUAUUUCCGGAAGUAAGUUGUUCCCAGCGUCCCCUUCCUCCAAAUGCGCAAAAUGUCCUCCAUCCCAUCCGAGAUACUGUUGCCGGUGGGUUUACUGUCCUCAAGUGUGUUUGCUUUACGGCGUUACAAAAUUCGCAAAUGGGGUUGGGUAACCAAUACCUAUCCCUUGAAGGGUAAGCUAUUCAUAAUAACAGGUGCCAACACUGGCCUGGGCUACGAAGCAACCAAAUCGCUCACAGCUAGACAAGCUACCACCAUAAUGGCCUGUCGGAACUUGUCCAAAGCAAAUGAAGCCAUCAGUAGAAUACGACAGGAAACACGAAAUGGCGAACUGAUACCUAUGGAAUUAGAUCUUUCUUCAUUUGAUUCGAUAAAGAAAUUCGCCUCGGAGAUAAAAACUAAAUACCCGCACUUCGAUUGCCUGAUUAAUAACGCUGGAUUAGCCACAGACGAACGCCAGUUCACCAAAGAAGGUUUCGAGAUACAUUUCGGAGUCAACCAUCUGGGCCAGUUUCUUUUAGUGGACCUACUAAAAGAAAACUUGAAACAUAACAAUUCCCGCGUAGUAGUCGUUUCUUCGAGAAUGCACGAAAUCGAUGCGACCGUAGAUAUUGAAAACCUUGGCAAAUGGGUCAAAUACAACAGUCCCCUGAAUCGACUGUACAACAACUCCAAGCUGAUGAAUUUCUAUUACGCUCGGGAGCUAUACAAGCGCGGCUUCAACGUCCACGUGCUCUGUCCAGGCCUGUGCCACACAGAUUUCUUCCGAAACUACGACCCCAAAUGGUACCACUACUUGCUGUUUUCACCCAUAGUUUGGCUUCUACUGCGAUCAGCUGAACAGGGUGCUCAAAACAUUAUCCACUGUGCGACGGAUAGUGUAACCAGUGAGCUGCAGAACCCUGUGAAUGGAUACUUCAUUUCCAAUGUUCGGGUACGCAAGUCCAAAUUUCCUUUCGACGAGGACAUCUCCAGGCGGCUGUGGGACGAAAGUGUACGGGCCAUCGAGGAAGUGAAGGCGCGAAGCUGAUCUGUUGAAAGAGCUGUUCAAAUUGUUUAUCCGUGAAUUAUGUUAAUUUAGAGUUAGAUAAAAAAAAAUCAAAGCAGCACUUCUUGGUGAUGGGAUGGAGGACAUGUUGGUAUUUGGAUGGAAAGGCAACGGGGUCGAAGGUUCUGCAUGCUACAAUAAUGUAAUAAUAAGUCGAUUGUAUAUUUUUCCACUAACCAUGACUAACAAAAUGCAAUAUAAACUAAUACAACUUGCUACUAUUGUUAAAAAAUAUUAUGCAAUCA